UACAUAGGUCAGAAAAAACUGGGAAGAGUGGCCACUCCAGAUCCAUGGAAGUCAGGUGCAAAGGGUGCAAGUGGUAGUAAAACUACUGGCAGUGGAAGAAAGGUUGGUGAGAACAAACUAUUAACAGCCUCAAAAUCAAAGUAUUCACCAUACAGUAAAUCAUUUGUCAAGUGUCAUAUCUGCAAGCAGUCUGUACACCAAGUUGGUUCUCAUUAUUGCCAGGGUUGUGCCUACAAAAAAGGUAUGUCAAAGGUAAUCAUUUGGUGUACUGUGAAUUUUUCAUUUUAGUUUUUUAUUUGUUUC